GCAUGAAGGAUUCUUCGCCGCCUGGAUGAUGUAGCAUUAUCAUGUACGACCAUUGACUCAUUGAGGUAUUUGCCGUCAAGGUGGAGAGGCCAGACUGGACUAUAUAAACUCGUGAGAGUUCUGCCACUGGAACUAUUCACCUUACCAUAAGUACCUGUUACCUAUUACCGCUCACAGCACCAUCAUCAACAUCGCCACUCAAGCCAACAUUCCCUAGGACAGAAUUUGAUUCGUCUUGCCCAACUGAGCUCUGCGCCUAGAUAUCGGUAACUUACCGCUUCGGUCCGAAAUGCGUCUCUCAACCCUCGGUCUUAUCAUAGCCCCGCUCGUCAGCCUCGCCACAGCCGACUACCUGAUCGUGCACGCCUUCUGCACUACUGUCGACUGCAACUACCUGGACGGGAGGUGGUACUCGGCCUUUGGCGCACACUUCGUCGAUGCCAGGGGCGGCUGCCGCGAUCCGCCAGAGAACCAGGUCCCCGGCAUGACCGAGCUCUGCAUGGAUUGGCCACGAGGCAGGGGCCAUUUCUACUUUAGCGGCCAGGCCAAGCGCUGCCUGUCGCUCACUUCAAUCACGAAUGACCCUUCGUGCGGCCCCAUCAACCAGAUACGUUGUGAUGACUAUCGAUUCGAUGAGGUUACUUGCACCUGGUGAAUGUGGUCUGGUGGUACAUGUCGCGGUUGGCGCUGUAACAGGGACAUCAUGGAUGUAACUACCUUAGUAUCGGCACAUAUCUAUGCGCAUCUGUAACGUUACCCCGUACAAAGGAAUCAUGACGGAUACAUCUAAAUAUGAACAGUUGUAUUAGGUGGUUAAAGGAGGAGAG